AGGGCUCUACCCCCCCCCCACCUACCACAACCAAAAAAAGAGGGGGGGAAAGCAUUUUGAGUCUGCUGAAAUUGAACUGCUGCUUGCACAAAGAAGAAACUAGACAGUCAUUAGGAAGUUUAGAUAUCAAGUCAAGAGUGAAAGAACAUUUCUUCAAGCUGGCCAGCAAGCAGUGUUUUAAGCAGCAUGAAUCCUCUGUUCGGUACCUUGUUAUUUUCACUGUUACUUCUUCUAACCCUCAGGAUUCAAGAGCUGAUAGAAGCUUGCAGCUGCGCCCCUGCCCAUCCACAGCAGCUCAUCUGUGAUUCUGCUUUAGUGAUUCGAGCAAAAAUUUCCAGUGAAAAGGUGGUUCCAGCAAAUGAUGACCCUCUUGACACUCACAAAAUGAUCCAAUAUGAAAUCAAACAAAUCAAGAUGUUUAAAGGAUUUGAAAAGUUGAAAGAUAUUCAGUAUGUUUACACACCUUUUGAUUCUUCUCUCUGUGGAGUGAAAUUAGAAGCCAAUAACAAGAAGCAAUACCUCCUUACAGGGCAAAUUUUAAAUGAUGGCAAAGUUCUUAUCCAUUUGUGUAAUUACAUUGAACCAUGGGAUGACUUAACACUUUCCCAAAAGAAAAGUCUAAAUCAGAGAUACCAAAUGGGCUGCGGCUGUAAAAUUUCGACCUGCUACACAGUGCCCUGUUCCAUCUCUACACCCAAUGAAUGCCUGUGGGUAGACUGGUUAAUAGAGAGGAAGCUCUAUGGGCAUCAAGCAAAACAUUAUGCCUGUAUUAAGCGCAAUGAUGGAACAUGCAGUUGGUAUCGAGGUGGCCCUCUUCCAGAGAAAGAGUUUAUUGACAUGAGUGAACCAUGAAUUUUGUUAACUUCAUGCAAUGCUGUGUGCACAUUGCUUUGAACUUUCAACAGCUAUCUGUUACUUAGAAACAGAAACAAGUUCUGCUGUGUAAAUAAAGUACAGUGUUCAUAGAAUUGGCAUCCAGACAAGUGGAGGAACCAUCUUUUGGAGACAGCUGUCUCUACAUUUCUUUUCUAGAGAGGAGCUAUGUGGAAACUCAUUGUUUUUUAAAUGCAUAAUAACUUUAUUUUUUAUCAAAAUGGAUGUAUGUAUACACAAGAUUGAUCAAAAUUUGGACUCCUGAUAAGAAACUAAAUAAAAAACACCUUGUUUUCAUCCAAAACAGAAUUCCUAAGAACAUUAGUGUUGUUUUGAUAUAGACAUUUUUCGUUAGUGCAGCAUUCUGUGAUAAAAGGACUUGGACAGGAUAUAUGUAAGACGCACUGUAAUAAUUUGCUGUAGGAUCCAAAAAAAAUAAUUUCCCCAUCUCAGUUGAUAUAAAUUAAAUGUUUCUGUGUAUGUGUGUGUUUUCUGUAUGUCGUUUACCAUGUCUUGUGUAGCGUUGCCUGUGCUUUGAAGGGGUUGUUCAUAACUAUGUUAUAAUACAUCUUUGACAGUUAAAAACAAAUCCAAUGGAAUUCAAUAUACUUUAAAAAGUUACUGAUGUUCCAUUAUGUAAUUUUGACAUUGACCUACCAGAAGAAAUGCCAUAGUAUGCUUUCUUGAAGUGAAUAUCCUACAGCUAAGGUGGAAGAAGUGGUUUAGAUUCUAAUUCUUAGAUAUUAUGUCUUGGAUCCUGUAAACUACUAUGUGGAGUCUGUGGAGCUGAAUCAUUCCUACCUUCCCCUUCCUCCAGCAGCUCUUUGUGAUCCUUGAGAAGCAGCAGAAACUCAGCAGAGAAUACUUUCCACUAAAUCAACAAGAAGGAAAUGAUUUAAUUUGAUUCUUCUUACUGCAGCUCCCCACGCUGUUGUGGUAUUUUGCCUCUGGGGUGCUCUAACCUUCAGAAUCGGUUUUGGAGGAAGAUAUAGGAAGUUGCCAAAGGAAAAGGAAGAGAAGGAAGAUCCCUAUCCAUAAAUUCAUAGUUCUGGUGACUGAUAAGAUCCAACCCUAUAUAUUUGUUCAAACAAGCUAUCAGUAGGUAAUA